AUGGGUCUUCCUGUGCGGGACGAUGUCACUGGCCCGGCAGGAGCAUUGGUCCAUCUCAGAGACGUCCUCAGAGAGGAAGCACGGACCACAGGGAAAGUGAAAGGACUCGAAGCCUUACGGACUUCCUCAAAAAAAAAGUCUCCAUCAAGCACGAAGUCUUGGGUGUACAGGUGGGAUGACCACUCUAGUCUGGUUCUUCAGAGCCUGAACGAGCAGAGGCACCGAGGCCUCUUCUGUGACAUUGUCCUCGUGGUGGAUGAACAGAGAGUCCCUGCCCAUCGGAACCUCCUCGCUGUUUGCAGUGACUACUUCAACUCUAUGUUCACCAUUGGUAUGCGAGAAGCUCACCAAAAAGAGGUCGAACUUUUUGGAGCCUCGUAUAUUGGUCUCAAGGCUGUGGUGGAUUUCCUUUAUGGCAGUGAGCUGUCUUUAGAUGGAGGCAACAUCGACUACGUGCUCGAAACGGCUCACCUGCUGCAGAUCUGGAAGGUGGUCGACUUCUGUUGCGAGUAUCUGGAGAACGAAGUCAGCGAGGAGAACUAUUUGUACCUGCAAGAGCUUGCCUCUAUUUACAACCUGAAGCGCCUUGACUCCUACAUUGAUUCUUUCAUCUUGCAGAAUUUCGGCACGCUGUCUUUCACCCCGGACUUCCUGCAGAACAUUUCCUUGCAGAAGUUAUGCCAAUACCUGGACAGCAGCAACGUGCAGCAGGAGUGCGAGCACGACUUGCUGCAGGCUGCCUUGCAGUGGCUUACUCAGUACCCAGAAAGGGAGAAUGAGGCUUACCAGGUUCUGGAUAACAUUCAUUUUCCCUUGAUACCUAAAAGCGAUCUCCUCCAUCGAGUCAAGCCUGCUGUCUGCUCUCUUCUUCCCAAAGAAGCAAACUGUGAGGGGUUUAUAGAGGAGGCAGUGAACUAUCACAAUAACGUCACGGCUCAGCCGGUGCUGCAAAACAAGCGGACGGCCCUGCGGACCUGCGAGGAAAGGCUCCUCUUUGUGGGCGGGGAGGUUUCGGAGCGGUGCCUGGAACUGAGUGAUGAUACCUGCUUCUUGGACAUCAGAAAGGGGCAGUGGGUAGCAGAAACCCCUCUCCCAGCCAGACGAAGUCACCACUGCGUUGCAGUCUUGGGAGGCUUCAUCUUCAUAGCCGGAGGCAGCUUUUCAAGAGACAAUGGAGGGGAUGCAGCUUCAAAUCUCCUAUAUAGGUAUGAUCCCCGCUGUAACCAGUGGAUAAAGGUUGCCUCCAUGAGACAGCGCCGUGUAGAUUUCUACCUGGGAGCUAUUACCGACAUGCUGGUAGCUGUUGGUGGCAGGAAUGAAAACGGGGCACUUUCUUCCGUUGAGACCUACAGUCCUCAGAAGGAUUCGUGGUCCUAUAUUGCAGGCUUGCCCAGGUUCACCUACGGCCAUGCUGGAACAGUCUACAAGGAAUUUGUGUACAUUUCGGGUGGCCAUGAUUACCAAAUUGGCCCCUACAGAAAAAACCUGCUGUGUUACGAUUACCGCACGGAUGUUUGGGAGGAGAAGAGGCCGAUGAUCACCGCCCGAGGGUGGCACAGCAUGUGCACCUUACAGGACAAUAUCUACUCCAUUGGUGGCAGCGAUGACAACAUAGAAACCAUGGCUCGUUUUGACAUUCUGAGCGUGGAGUCGUACAGCCCUCAGUGUAACCAGUGGACCAGAGUGGCUCCGCUGUUGCAAGCAAACAGCGAGUCAGGGGUGGCAGUUUGGGAAGGCAAGAUUUAUAUCCUCGGAGGCUACAGCUGGGAAGAAACGGUCUUCUCCAAAACAGUCCAGGUUUAUGAUAAGGAGAAGAACAAGUGGUACAAAGGAACGGACUUACCCAAAGCGAUUGCUGGUGUGUCUGCAUGUGUCUGUGCAUUGAAACCCAAAACUGAGGACAGAAAGAAAAAGACGAAAACAAAAAAACAUCAAGAUCGAGGGAGAUGACUACUUCUGGAUAACCACCCUUGGAUGGUGGACUCCAAAAGGACCUUGUAUUUAAUCAUUUCUAUAUAACCUUGAUUCUUUCUUUUUCUUUUUAAAGGGCGGGGGGAGGGGGGAAGGCAUUUUCUGAAGCCUCAGAAGAUGUACAGUUGAAUGUGGGUUUUGGAUUAAGCUCAUGUUUAAGGUAAAAACAACAAAAGACACCAAUAAACCCCCCUUCCUACUACAGAAGGGAUGAUGCGGCAAGAGAGGUUAUGCUGCUCUCCUGAAUGUUAAGGCUUACUCUUCUGUGGUUCAUGGCAUUUCCACGUACAUCAUAUUGUAUUGAUGUGUUUAAAAUAAGGUUGAAUCUGUGGCUGAGAUGAUAAUGUCAGGGGGAGGAGGCAGAGCAGUAAGUGUCUGGUUUGAAGUUAUGGAGCAGUUCAAAGGAGUUCAGAAGCAACUGCUAAGAAAAAAUGAAAUGGAUCUUCGAUGUUGUAAAUCUUGAGUUUUUGUAAUGUUAAAUUUCAUUUACGAUACAUCCUUGAGUUGUUAGUAUCAGAUUUCUGCAGCAUGUGAGUGUUCAAAGAGAAUAUUGCUUUUUGUGAAUGCGGGUCAGAUCAGCUUGAAGAGCAAAUAACUCCACUGUACUCUUAAGAUUAAGAAGACCUGACUGUGUGGCUAAACAACAGAUGGGGUUGACUUGGGCUUCAAUUGAUAGCAUCAUGAACUUUGAAAUCUGGGAAAGGUGAGAUGAGUCCCUUGUGGCACUUUUCGUAUCUAAACAUAACAGCAAGUUUUUCUUGGGCUUAAAAACAUGCCCAGAACGAGAGGGGGCGGUGGGGGAAUCUGUCGAAGGACUUGAAAGAUUUGAAGAGAUGGAUGGAAACUGUUCAAUUUGCCUUGGGCUUCAAAGCAGAUGGAACUGGUAGAGCUCACUGUGAGUUUGGGGUUUGCUGAAUAGGGUCACGAUGGGGAGAAAUGGCAGGAGGAGGAUCCUUUAGGUGAACUUGAAUCACAAGAUGUUCCUCCUCAGCCCUACCAGGCUGUGGAAGCUGGGAUCCACUUCACUUAACUCGAGCCUCACGGUGGUCAUGGCUAGUAGCCAGUGUCAGCAGGGGCCUGUACUAGACUUGUCUGCUGUCAAAAAGCUUAUUAACAGAGGAAGAUUAAUUGGGGUUUGGUAAUCCUGAAGGACAGCGUCUUGCUUCCCUACCCCCCCCUCCCCAAGUUCAAAAUGCCUUUCCAUGAGAGUCGCCUUUUCAGAUGGGUUUGGCGGGGACUCGAAGCCAUGCCUCAUCAGGCAUGCAACCAAACGCCUUCGCCAACGAGACAGGUUCAAAAGGAAGAAACCCAAAAUAAAUAUACUCAGGACUGUGUUUGGGAUCCAGACAGCGGGACUGAACUUGAAAAUCAUCUGUGAGAUCCUCUGUGUCACACUAUCCUCUGCAUACCAAGUAAAGAGCUUUCUGACCCAAGUGUUAGUCCACCCUCUACAAACACAGCUGAUUCUGCUGCAGAUAUUAAAAUUCCCCGACUGUCUGGCCAGCUUUCAGGCAUUCACCCCCGGGGCAUUUUACAAAAAGGCACUUCUGAUUUGCAAGAAGUCGAUCACCAGCAAUCUGAUACAACCGCUUCAGUUAUUGUAAUAACGCCAGGCCACAGAUGAAUAUUCCUCCUUCCCAAAUUAAGAAAUUUUUAGGAAGUUUUUAAAAACAACUUUUAUACUUUUUUAUAACACAUUUUGCUAACUCAGUCUCUCGUUUGCCAUAUAUUAUAUUAUUUACUAUGGAAGCUACCGCUCUGUAAUUGUGACCCCGUUGUUGCUGUCAGGAACUCACCAUUUGAUGGAUCUUUUUGUCUUCGUGUCGUUGGUCGGGAGGCGAUGCAGCUGUUGGAGCAGCACUGGCAUUCUCAGCAUUGUCCGGCCGGCGGCUAUAAUUGUGUCUGUAGUGCGGCCUCUUCCCCGACAGUCCAGCUCGCCAGACGUGCUAAUAAACACGCUUUAUUUUCAGCUGUGGGUUCUCCGCUGAGUGGAUUUCCAGGGCUUUGGUUUAAAGCUCUGUUGGGGAAGUGUUGAUUGUUGCUGUUACUUCUUCCUCAGUCCUUCUUUCACAUCUCCCUU